UAGUGGUAGGUGGACUAAAUGAGUGAACUUAAUUUUUUGAUAUAAAAUAACCGCUGAGAUCUGCAACUGACAUCACAAACAGUUCACUUCUCUCGAGUUGAGCAUCACACUUCCUUCAGUUUAAUAACAAAAUGCGUGCCUUCAUUGUAUUAGCUUUGUUCGUUGUAGCGCGUGCUGAUGUUGGUGGUUACAACUAUGGUUCACCACUUGGAUCCUUCCCAUCUGCUGGCGGUUCCCUCGGUGGAUUCGGUGGCUCCCUCGGCAGUAAUGGCGCCGCACAGUUGAGUGCACCCAUUGGUGGCGGCAGCGCUGGACCCGUGAGCAGUGGCGGUGUUGGUGAUUUCGGUAGCCCACUCAGCGCACCCGCUGAUGUCGGUUUCGCAGCACCAGCUGCACCUGCUGCACCAGAAUACCAGAAGGAAUUCAUCACUUACUCCGCACCUGAAUCUGAAUUCGAUGAUGAUCAUUCUGUGGGUGACUUGUCUGGUUCGUUGAAGAAGAACUUGCGCGUUGUCUUCAUUAAGGGACCCGAAAACAAUGGACUCUCCGAUGCUGCCCUCCAAUUGGCCAAACACGCCGGUGAAGAGAGAACCGCCAUCUAUGUGUUGCAGAAACAGAACGACAUCUCUGGCUUGGCUCAACAAUUGCAGAACCUCAACAGACAGAACACCAACAAACCCGAAGUGCACUUCGUCAAAUACCGCACACCCGAAGAUGCUGCCAACGCUCAACAUGCCAUCCAACAGCAAUACAACGAUUUGGGUGGAGACUCCGUGUCCCAUGACGGUGGCGUCGCACCAGUCUUGAACUUCGCUUCUCAAGCCCCAGCUGCACCUGCCGCUCCCUCAAACUCGUACAUCCCACCCGCAGCACCUGCUCCAGCACCAGCACCAGUUGCCCCAGUCAACACCUACAUUCCUCCCGCAGCACCCGCACCCGCACCAGUUGCUCCAGCUCCAGCACCAGCACCAGUUGCACCAGUCAACACCUACAUCCCACCCGCAGCUCCCGCCCCAGCUCCAGCACCAGUUGCACCAGCCAACACCUACAUUCCUCCAGUCAGCCAACCACAGGCACCCAGCAACUCCUACUUGCCAAUCUUCAAGUUCUAAGUUGAUCCUGGGAGAAUGAAACGUUUGGAGAAAUGCUCUUACGGAGUAUACGAUAUAAAUUAGACAAAUUCCCCGCUUACCCCCUCAUUGUAUAAUAAUGUUCAUGAAUGUGUUGCACAACUAGUUUUAUUUUGUACAUAAAUAGUUAAUAAAAACCCAAUUAAUUCAAUUUUAA